AUGUCAGCAGCAGCUGGAGGUCUGACCAGACGCCGUGGAGGCGGAGGUGGCGCGGCUGCCGAGGGCGGCGAGACCAGCAACGGUGCCAGCCGGACCAACUCCACGAGCAACUUCAAGGACAGCGCCCCCGAGACCAGCUACGAGAGCGGCGAGAAUGGCCACAAGAUUGCCUUCGAUCCCCGCGACAUCAGCGAGAGCGCUGAGCGCAGCAAACAGCCCAAGCUGACUCUGAUGGAGGAGGUCCUGCUACUCGGACUCAAGGACAAGCAAGGCUACCUAUCAUUCUGGAACGAUAACAUCUCAUACGCCCUCCGAGGAUGCAUCGUCAUCGAGCUCGCUUUCCGCGGUCGCAUCAGCAUGCAGAAGGAUGCCUCGAGAAGGCGCUUCCCGCUGGCUGACCGCGUCAUCGAAGUUAUCGACGAGACCCUGACCGGCGAGGUGCUGCUCGACGAGGCAUUGAAGAUGAUGAAGCAGAGCGAGAAGAUGAGUGUGAGCUCUUGGAUCGACCUGAUGAGCGGAGAGACCUGGAACCUGAUGAAGAUUGGAUACCAAUUAAAGCAGGUGCGCGAGCGCCUGGCCAAGGGUCUCGUUGACAAGGGUAUCCUCCGAACCGAGAAGCGCAACUUCCUUCUGUUCGACAUGGCUACUCAUCCCGUCGCCGAUGGAGGCGCCAAGGAGGAGAUCCGUCGCCGUGUCCGUAACGUCUUGACCCAGCGCACCGUCGUCCUCCCUGCCUCCCAAUUUCUGCCCGAGAACCUCGAGUUCCGUUACGUCCGCACCAUCGCCAUGGUGUGCGCGGCUUAUGCCGCCAACGUCCUCGAGAACGCUCUCAGCACUUUGGGUCACGAAGCCCGCGAGCGCGCGUUUGCUCAGACGGACGAGCUUCUCGCUGACUACAGCCAAUGGCCAUUCGGAAAGAAGGCUACUGGCAACGGCAUCGGUGCUAACCUUCCCCAGGUUAUCCAGGAGGAGGUCACCAAGGGCAAGGACAAGGAGCUCCAACUAGAGGUUGUUGCAGCCUGUCUCAGCGUCUUCACUCGUCUCGACUCCCUCUUGUAA